UACAAAAGAGGUUAUCGUCAACAUGAUCAUUCAUAGUAUCUACAACAGAGGUUAUCGUCAACAUGAUCAUUCAUAGUAUCUACAACAGACGUUAUUCUCAACAUGAUCAUUCAUAGUAUCUACAACAGAGGUUAUUCUCAACAUGAUCAUUCAUAGUAUCUACAACAGAGGUUAUUCUCAACAUUAUCAUUCAUACUAUCUAUAAAACAGAGGUUAUCCUCAACAUUAUCAUUCCUAGUGAUGCUCCAACCAUGGAGAGAUAUAGGUUACCAUUCUCCUACUGAUCUGUUUCUCCCACUAGGUCUAUUACAUGUUUUUAUUAGAUCCAUGGUAUGUUACUGAACAACUACUAUUAGGCUAUAACAUGGAAUUGGAAGAUUGCCUGUCCUUAACCCCGACUGGGCACACUGGUUGAAUCAACAUUGUAUCCUUGUCAUUGAAAUUAAAUUACAUUGCAAAGUAGAAUAUAAUUUACUUCUGUGCCCAGUGGGCCACUUUUUCCCAGUUUAGUCAUGUAACCACAUUUUAAAUGACAGGAAGUUGAGAUUCUUUUGAUUUCACAGUGUGUAGACCUAUGAUCAUUAUUAGCUGCAGUUCGAGACGAAUGUUUGAAGCCCUGUAGCAUAGCCCAUUAUGUACAGUCCAGUUCUCUACAGUUGGAUUUCAGUCUGAUAAAAUGGGAAUUCCCGAUAUCGUUAGAUAGUCUUUGUUUUUGCUCUUAGUUGUUUGUAUAUCUGUUAUCGCACCGCUCCACUCUGGCGGGGCUCCGUCCGACGCUGCAGUUAUUUUUUACAGAGCGCGUAAGGAACCUCUACUUGUCCUACGUCACAACACGUAACGUUACACGGGUUUCUUCUCUUUCUGCCGCAGAGUUGAAACAAGGUGUCGGGUUAAGACGGCACGACUAUAAAGGAGAGGGGCAGGCAGGCUGGACACAACCAAAUAGAUAGACCGUCUGAAAGUGUUGAAACAACGAGUGGCAGAAUGACGGUUUGUUGUGAGUCGUGGAGCAGUGAGCGCUGCUCCUUUCAUCUGUUCAGCGGGGAGACAGAAAGCCGCCUGGGACUCUGCAAGAGAUUCAGGUCUACUAAGGGAGCAUCUAAAGCCAGGAGGGACCAGAUCAACUCUGAGAUCAGGAACAUGAGAACUCUGCUCCCCAUCCCUCAGGAGGACCAGGACAGACUGUCAUACCUCCACAGCAUGGCGGUUAUCACAGCAUACAUCAGGAAGAGCCUUCUGUAUAAGGGAUUAUCAGCUGAUCAGAGUCGUCUCUCCUCUUCCUCCUCCUAUCCUCUGUACGAGACCUUCCUCCCAGCCGUGCAUGGUUUCAUUCUGAUCCUCUCCUCCCGGGGCAGGCUGGUCUACGUCUCUGAGAACGUCUCUGAUUACCUGGGGCUCUCCAUGGUUGAUGUUCUUCAGGGAGACACAUUCUAUGACCUGGUGGAGAGUCAGGACGUGGAGACAGUUAGAUCUAACCUGGAGACAGACAACACAACGUCAACUGCAGAGAGGAGUUUUGUGUGUCGGAUGCACACCUCCAAGGCCUUCAGACUAGAGUACGGUAACUGCUGUUCUAUAAUGGUCCGAGGACGCUACCAGACCAUCCCACAAUCCCCCCAGUCCACCCCCACAUCCUCCCCAGACCGUGGCCGAUCUGGCCCCCCUGUGGACAGGGUGUUCUUGGCUCUCUGCACACCCACAGUGAACCACCUGGGCAACAGCAUCUUCUCCUCCUGCUCCUCCUCCUUCACCAGCCUCCAUAGACCAGACAUGAGCUUCAGUCACCUGGACGAAAGUGUUGUGUUUUACUUGGGCUACUCAUCGGAGGAGCUGAUUGGUCGAUCGUGGUACAGCCUCCUCCACCCUGAAGACCUCUCCUUGAGUGCCUACUCACAUAAGAGUCUGAUGCAGGCAGACGAGGGUAGGCAGAUGGAGAUGGUUCUGAGGCUCCAACACAGCGACCUCUCAUGGUCCUGGAUCUACACUAGAGCUGCUAAGCAUUCUGGGAACCAGGAAGUGAGCUGCUGUAACUACAUUAUCAGUGAAACAGAAGCCAUGUAUCUGAGGAAAAACAUCCACAGCGAUGCUUUCAGAGCCUCUCCUCCUCAGCCCUACUGCCCCUCUCCCACCCCCCAGCUGACCCAGAGCUGUUGCCCCACCAGGGACCUAAAGAGACAGAGAGCAUUCAGCCAGUGCAGUAGUAUAUCUGAGACUGAGAACAGGUCUAAGACCAGCAGGAGACAGAGAGCAGAGUCUAAUGCUGUGUUCUACGUGACAUCAUGUAGCUCCUCCUCCCAGGCCUCACCUGUCGCCGCCUUCUCCACCCCUCCCUACAGCCCCACCUCCUCCCACUACAGCUCCUCCCACUCUCCAGCACAGCAGGACGACACCAGCUCUGACUCUCUGUUGGAUGUGUAUGGCUACACAGAGAACUUAACCUCCUACUACCAUUGCCCUGAGGGAGGGACUGAGGUAGGGACUGGGCCUUCCUGCCUCCUCUCCCCCUCUAGGUCCUUCCAGCCCAGCUCGGAGCAGUCCUUCCACCAGGGUAUCUUCAGCCAGACUGACGCAUUCUCUCCUCAGUCCUGCCCUUCUUCUCCCCAGCAUGAUUGCCCAGCAUGCCCUGCUGAUGCCCGGCUGGUCCCUGACUGUCUAUCUGUAUCAGACCUGUUAGAGAGUUCAGCAGACUGCCCCAUCACCAUCCAUACUGAAGACUACAGCCUCUCGGUUCAGCCACAAGGUGGUGCCACCAGUCCAUACAGCCUCUCGGUUCAGCCACAAGGUGAUGCCACCAGUCCAUACAGCCUCUCGGUUCAGCCUCUAGGUGAUGCCACCAGUCCAUACAGCCUCUCGGUUCAGCCACAAGGUGGUGCCACCAGGACAUACCAGAGCCACCAUAUACCUCAGACUGUCGCUCCUCCUAUUGGAGGCCUGCUGACCCCUAGCCCCUCCCCGACCUCCGACCUCUCCUUCCUCUACAGUGACAGAGACAAGGUAGAGAUCAGUAUCCUAGCCCAGCAGAUCUCCUCUCUGGCCUCCAGCUUCGACCUGUUCAACACCCUGAGCCCCAUCCAGACCCCACAUCAGCCCAGCUCAGAACCCCUUCCCUGGGCACAGCUCCCAGGUCACUCCCCUGUCCCCCUCUGCAUCAAGCCAGAGCUGGUGCUGGAUGAGGGAGUGUUUGAUAGUCUCCUGAAGGAUCUGAGCAUGGUUCAGGGACCUGGGAGUCUGUCUCACUGCUACCAACCUCAGGACCCUUCCACCCUGGCUCUGUCUUCUCUAGUGGACCCUCUAUCCACGGAGCAGUCAUGCCGCUCUCUCUCCCUCCCCCUGGAACUCCCCUCAUCCCUCUCUCUCUCCCUCCCCCUGCAACACCCCUCGUCCCUCUCUCUCUCCCUCCCCCUGGACCCAUUUCACCCUAACCUGGAUCCCUUCUCUCUGAGGACAAGCUGUCAUAAUCAGACCUCUGAGUUGCAUCAACUCAACCUGCCCCACAGUCUCCAUCAAGAUGGGCUUGUUGAAGAAUCCAUGUACUGAUGUGAGUCUAAAUAGACUUACAGUACUAGCCCUCGUAUGGCAUAUUGUCAUGACUACCAAGUCUUCCAGCCAGAGUCCAAAAUGAAGACUUUUAAAAUAAUAAAUACCUUUUAAAGACUUCUACAAUAUUUAGUAGUUGGUACUUUUCAAGGGAACAUGUUUCCCAAAUAUCUAUUAUUUUUGUAAAUUAAAUUGUGAUGAGAGGAAGUGAAUCUUAUCCAGUGGACCAAACUGCUGAGGAGCUUGUUACUAUUUUGUUGUUGUGUUAACUAUAUUGAUACCUGUUGACUGCUGUAAUUCACCAUCUGUGUUGAUGAUGAUGUUGUCCUGAUUCUGGUAGCAUUGUACUGCACUGUUACCAUCUAGAAAACUGACGACCAGAUAUGUAGAAUUGAUGUUUCUGUGAAUGUCGAGGGACCGUGAUGAUGAUUUAUUACUGAGCACUUUCUGGAUGUGUUUGAGCUGUUUGAGAUAAUGUCACAUGUGGGACGCGACGUGGAGACCUCCUCCCAGAGGAGGUUGAAGCAGAAUAGUAGAUUCUAAAGUGCGACCCAAAUGACACACUAUUCCCUGUAUAGUGCACUACUUUUGACCAGAGCCCUAUGGAGAUAUAGGGUGCCAUUUGAGAAACAUCCAUAGGUGUUAAAAAGAUAAUGAAGUAACUACCUCAGUAAUGCCACUACAUUCAUUCCUAGCCUGAAACUACUGUUUAGUAAGUGUGUGUAUUUAUUGGUAGAGAUGACUGUUAUACAUAUUGUUUCAUUCCCGUGUUUGUCUACUAGUUGUGCUACUGAAAACUCUUUGUUUGUAACCAUUGGUAACCAUUAUUCAGUACAUUUGUCUAGAAUACAUAUGUUGUUUUGAUAAAAUGCUGCUUGGUUGGAUGUAAUUGUACAAAAGCAAAGUAUUUUUGCAAUUGGUUUUCUAAUUUUUUAAAUGCAAGUUAUUAAAACGCAUAAAAUAUGA